AUGCACUUAAAUGACUACGGCUACACCCCCUUCUUUGCUGGCAUCGACACUGUGCUGAUCGGCCGCAAGACGUUUCAGCAGAUUGACUCCUGGGGUGACCCCUACCUCUAUGCGAGCAAGCGCAACAUCGUCUUCUCACGGACGCUGCGGCAGGAAGCGCUGGCAAUGCGGCAGCGGCAGGGGGUGGAGGUCGAGCUCGAGGCGGGCGACCCCGUCGAGGCGGUGCGCGCUCUCAAGUCGGCGCCUGGGGCAGGCAGGAUCUGGCUAGUCGGCGGCUCGGAGCUCGCGGCGCCGCUGCUGUCGGCGGGGCUUGUAGAUGAGAUGGUGCUCUCCUUCCAUCCCGUCCUGCUGGGUGACGGCAUCCCCCUUUUCAGGCGUGGCAUGGCGGAGUCAGAAUGGACCGUGGUGUCAAGCAAGACCUUCGAUACGGGCCUGGUGCUGCGCCUGCUUCAACCAGAGGAUCUGCUGCGCUUCAGCCUGGCCAGCCACGCCACCCGCCUCGCUACUUCCGCGGACGAGCUGUGGCGGCACUGCUGGCCAUCGGGCCAGCCCCCGCCGCUGCCGGUCGGUGGCUUACGCGCCGCAUACUGCGGUUACCGACGGUCGCAGUGCGCCGAGUGCGGCAAGCCGACGCCGCAUGCGUUUGUGCCGCUGGGCUGCCGCCUGUGCGUGGCGUGCGAGCAGCGAAACCCCAUCAAGUAUGGGCUGGCGUCUGAGCUGGAGGCACGCGAGCGCUAUGGAGUCAGCUCCGCGGCGCUGGACGGCCUGCCCAGCGUGCUUGUUAUGAGGCGGCGUUGGUAUCUGAGGUCGGCAGUCGCUGCGCUCUCACGAGCUACGCACAUCGGUCGUGCCGGCAGCAGCAGCAGCCAGGACGGCAGCGACAGCGACAGCGAUGGGACGGGGAGUGGCGACGCUUUUGAACAGGAGGGCGAGGCGGCAGGCGGCAGCAGCACGCAUGCGGCACGCAUGGCAGCUGCGGCUGCGCAUGCAGAGUUAAACGAUUUGGAAGCGGGGCCGGAGCAAGCAGGGCUGGAGGGGCGUCUGGCUGCCUUGGAGCUCCAACAUUCCCAGCGCGAGGCGCGGCGCGAAGAGCGCAAGCAGGCGAAGAAGCAGGGGCCCAAACAGCCGAACGCACAGGCGUCCGGUGGGAGCAGCCACUCGCCUGGCAACGGGCGGCGAGGGCGCGGGGACGGGAAGAAGGCGCGCUACCAGGAGCAGCGGCUGGCGCGCAGCAAGGGCGAACCCGUCGCGUCGCGUCGCGGCAGCAAGGCCACGAGCAGCUGGCUGGUGGAGCGCGAGAAGCUGUUUGAGGAGUACGGCGUGUUUGACGCAUCCGGGCUGAUUUUAGCCGCAGAGUCGAAAGGCUUCAUCUGA